AUGGGAUAUUACUUAACGAAUGUAAUAUAUCCUGAGUUGACAACGUUUGUUAAAACUAUACCACGUCCACCAGGUGAGAAGAGAAAAUUGUUUUCAAAAUAUCAAGAAAGCCAAAGAAAAGACGUUGAACGCGCGUUUGGUGUGUUACAGUCCUGUUUUGCAAUUAUGCAUGGUCUAGCACGCUUUUGGGACAAAGAAGAUCUUGGGAGAAUCAUGAGAGCAUGCAUCAUACUUCAUAAUAUGAUUGUUGAAGACGAAAUGGAUACAUAUGCCACUCAAUUUGGUCAAUUACCAACUUAUGAUGAUGCAACAAAUGGUUUAUCAGAACCAAAUUUAGGCAGAGAACCUUCAGUCCCGUAUGAAACGUAUAUUCAAAACAGUAUGCAGAUGCGUGAUAGACGGGCACAUCGUCAGCUACAAAAUGGCUUGAUUGAGCAUAUCUCGCAGUUCCACGAGAAUCGUUAA